UCUGUGUGUAUGAGUGUGUAUGCUGUGUGUGUGCACAAACAGUGUCUGUGAGUGGAAGGGGCUAAACCUCUGUCUCAGGUCUACCGCAGCCUCAGUCGUUGAAUGCUUGCCGUCCUGUCUUUUCUGUGUUCAGCUCUGCAGGGGACAGACACACAGACGGAUCCUCUCACUAUUCUUCAACUGAAUUAUCCAAUGUGGAGGAAACCCUAAUCCCUGGCAUUUCCUGUCAGGAUUUUCAUACAGUCUGUCCGUCUGUCUGUUUUUUCUGUCCUCCCCCCCCCCCCCCCGCCCCAUUUUCACGAGGAAGGAAUCUGGGGCUGGUCCUUACUGGUCCAUACUACCCUAAACCUCUUCACGCCUUUUUUCACUGCAAUUUAUCAUUGUUCAUCUGACAUUCCUCUUCGGCAGCCAUGGAUUUGGGUAGCCUGACCACGGUGGUGGCCAACUCGGCCUACAUCUCAGCGCGCGGUAGCUUUGACGGCACCGCCAACCCCGCCGCCAACCGCGACAAGAAGUACCAUGCCCGCCUCAAGCUGCCCCACAUCACGGUGUGUGAGGGCCUCGGGGAGACUCUGGACCUGGGCUUCCAGAGCGUGUGUGUGGAGCAGCCCAUCGGCAAGCGCCUGUUCCGGGAGUUCUUAGAGUCCAACAAUGAAUACAAAGGUCCAUCUCGCCUGUGGAAGGAUGUGGAGGAGUACAACCAGGCAGAGGACAAGGACCGCGCCAAGAAGGCGUCGAAGAUCCUGUCACGCUACAUGGAGCCCGACGCCAAGCUCUUCUGUCCCUUCCUGCCCGAGAACGGCAUCACCAAGGUGAAGGAGAAGCACCAGGAGGCGUCCGACGACCUCUUCAAUGAGACGCUGGCCAGCGUGCUAGACUUCCUCAAGGAGGUGCCUUUCACCUUCUUCCUGGAGAGCAUGUACCUCAAGAGGUUCCUGCAGUGGAGGUGGCUGGAGAUGCAGCCCAUGGAGGAGGACUGGUUCCUGGACUUCCGCGUGCUGGGGAAGGGCGGCUUCGGGGAGGUGUCGGCCUGCCAGAUGAAGGGCUCAGGGAAACUGUACGCCUGCAAGAAGCUCAACAAGAAGAGGCUGAAGAAGAGGAAAGGCUAUGAGGGGGCAAUGGUGGAGAAGAGGAUUCUGGCACGUGUCCACAGCAGAUUCAUUGUCUCCCUGGCCUAUGCCUUCCAGACCAAGACUGAGCUCUGUCUGGUCAUGACCAUCAUGAACGGAGGUGACCUGAGGUAUCACAUCUACAACGUGGAUGAGAACAACCCAGGUUUCGACGAGGCCAGAGCCUGUUACUACGCAGCUCAGAUCAUCCAGGGCAUGGAGCACCUCCACCAGAAGAGAAUCAUCUACAGAGACCUUAAACCUGAGAAUGUGCUCCUAGAUAAUGAAGGUAAUGUGCGUAUCUCUGACCUUGGUUUGGCUGUGGAACUGGCGGACAACCAGGACAAGAUCAAAGGCUAUGCUGGAACCCCAGGGUUCAUGGCUCCUGAGCUGCUGAAGGGAGAGGAGUAUGACUACUCUGUAGACUACUUCACUCUGGGGGUCACUCUGUUUGAGUUCCUCGCCGCCAAGGGCCCCUUCAGAAGCCGUGGAGAGAAGGUGGAGAACAAGGAGGUGAAGAAGCGCAUCCUGAACGAUCCGGUGACCUACCCAGAGAAGUUCAGCGAGAACGCCAAAUCCAUCUGUGAGGGCCUGCUGUGUAAGGCGGUAGACAAGAGGCUGGGCAUCAAGAACGGCACAUGUGACGAGAUCCGGGCACACCCCUUCUUCAGCCAGAUCAACUGGAGGAAGCUGGACGAGGGAAUCCUUCCACCGCCGUUCGUGCCCGACUCCAAGACAGUGUACGCCAAGGAUCUGGAUGAUGUGGGCGCCUUCUCCACAGUGAAGGGCAUCAACCUGGACGAACCUGACAAUGUGUUCUUUGACGAGUUUGCUUCGGGGAACAUAGCCAUCCCCUGGCAGGAGGAGAUGAUCGAGACGGGGAUCUACGGCGAGCUCAACGUGUGGGGGGAAGGCGGCACGCUGCCCAACGACCUCCGCAGGGAGUCCAUCCUGGAGCAGCCGCCCAAAUCCUCCACCUGCUGCGUGUCAUAAAAGAAGUAGGAAAAGGAAGACGUGGGAUUGAUAUCCUGACUGCUCAUUGGACGAGGGAGAGGGAGGGGGUUUGGUUGGAGGAGGGAUACCAGGUGUGUUGACACCAAUUACAACUCCUUUCAUUUUUCAGAUACUUGGUAUACACAGAUAUGUGAUUCUCAUAAUUCUUUCUUUUUUUGCUUUUCUCCAGCAUAUCAUCUGCAAAUCAAUUACAUUAAAUAGUGCUUUGACAGUUUCUAAAUGAAUGCUCUGGUAACAUAUACACAUAUAUGUGAAAUGUUAGGGAUUAAGAAAGCCAUAAAAGCAUGGCAUGGUGUAUUUGCAAGCUUUAAAGUUAAAUCAAAUGUGCUGCGAUUCCAGUGUCCAGCUUUGUAUUCCAAUAAUGAGGGAUGACUCCAUGGCUUAUACUGCAGUGUUGGUCUCUAAGGACACAAGUCCUUUUUAUUGCUUAUUUUGCCUGUAGGACUCAACAUCACUCCCUAUUUUUCACAUUAAUUUAGAUAUUUUGGUAGUAUUUUAAAUAUAAUACAAAAGUAUUGCUAUCUGCAAGUAUGUAAUAUUGUGCUUGGGUGUGUGUUUGUGUUGAGUGUAAAUGAAGUUGUCCUCUCAUUCAUAAGAUAUUUAGAAACGGGAGUCAUCAUGAACUGGUUUUAUCCGUUUGUCAGGUGCAGUGACUGCUGCGCUCGCUCUUGUAUCAUCUCUCACAACUCAUGUCAUAUUUCUCUCACAUUGGUUUUAUAUGGGAUAUUAAUUCAAAUAGUGUAGCAUCUUUUAUGUGUCUGUUUUAUUUUAUGCUGUCCCUCAAUGUAUUUGCAGAUAAAUCUGACAUAAGGAGUAGGCCUAGACUUAACAUUGACUCUGACUUGAUCAUUAUUUAUACAACACUGUUAACACUAAAUAUGGAGUGAUAUGGAAUAUCACUCCAUAUUUAACAAUUGUAUAGGUUUUUUAUGUCAUAACAUUUGUUUUUUCUUGAUGCAAUGUUGAAAGUGGGUUGCUCUGAGGAUUCUGAUGAGAUGGGGAGUUUCUGCUUUUAUAUUUCAGUUUGCUUUGCCACAUGCUGCUAUGCAAAUUGACCCAUUACACGGGAAUCUCUUGCAAUACAGGGGUUUUAAACUGUUCUUUGUUCAUAAUUGUAAAGAAAAGCUGUUAGCUUGAGAAGCAUUGAUAACUCUGUAAAUUAUGUAUAUGUCAUAUAGAUUAUGUUUAUGAACUCAAAUAAAUAUUUUGCCAUAAAAGCAACAAAUA